AUGAGUGAGGAAAGAACAGCAUAUGCAGAGCUGACAUUAUCCCUUAAAAGUAAGAAGGACAAAAACCAGCCAAUUAAGGAAAAGAGAGAUUGUCCAUGGCUCGUGACUGCUAUCAUCCUGGGAACAGUAUGUCUUUGUCUUCUGAUGUCAAAUGUAGUCUUGGGAUAUCUGUUUUUUCAGUGCACUUCUAACUUCAAAAUUCAACAUGGGAAGGAUGCAAAUGAAAGUACUAUCUCCUCAAUGGAAGUAGCAGUCUCAGAAUAAUGAUUGCUUUUAUUUUCAUAAAAAGGCUAUUACCCAUGUCAAGGAAGAUGGUCAUGUUGUGGAGAAAAUUGUUACUACUUUUCAGAGGAAGAAAAGACAUGGGAUGAGAGUGAGACAUCCUGCAGAUACCUGGGUUCUCACCUGGCUAAGAUUGACAACAAAGAGGAACAGAACUUUAUUCAGUCACAAUUGAAAUACAGCUAUUGGGUUGGAUUACGUAAAGUUGGAAGUCAAUUUCAGUGGGUGCACCAGAAGGACACAAAACUUUCUUCAGAUGUGUAA